AGUUUGCCUUCCCAAGGCAAACCAUACAUCUUACAAGGGACUGGAUCCUAAGGACAGUUAAUAAUAGGUGGCGAGCGUACAAAUCUAAGUUGAAGAAACAAUACUUCAAUCGUGACGAGAGAACUCUAGAAGAAAUCCUAAGAGAGAAGCCACUUACGACUAAUGAACAUCAAUGGAGAUCUCUAGUUGGAAUUUGGUGCCAAGAGCAACAUAAGAAAUUAUGUUCCACAAACUCUCGUUGUGCAAAAGAACAGAAGACUGCACACACAUGUGGGAGGAAAAGCCUUGCUAGAUUAAAAAAAGAGAUGGAAACCAGAACUAAACGAAAGGUUCAUAGGAUAGAACUAUGGGAGGCAGCUCAUAAAAAGAAGAAUGGUAGAUACACAACAGAAAAGGCAGAGACACUGAUGGCUGCAUCUUAUGAGGAAUUUAAAAAAAGGAGAGGGAACAAUGAUGGUAAUCGUCUUUCAUCUAAAGAUUACAAUGAAGUGUUCAAUGAUAUUGUUGCCAAGGAUUUCAAAGCACGUGGGUACUAUGAUGAUAAGUACUGGAGUCAAGUACAAGCUUUUCAAGGUUUACCGUUUGUUAAUCAAACGGAGGAAGAAAGAAUGUACCAAGAGAAAGUAAAUGAAAUUGACAAUAAAAUGGAAUCCGUGAGUGGUCUCAUGAAGCAUUGGCUUACUUUUAUGUCAAAAAAGUAUCCAGAAGAUUUAACCCCAGAAAUGAGAGAAGCUUUACAAAAUGAAGGUGGUGAUAGUUAUGACCAAUGCAAUGAAGAUGACAAAUCUGAAAAUUAUGCUGCCAAAGAUACGAGUAGCAUCCAAGAAGAUUCAAAUGCUGACGUGACCUCUCGAACAAAUGAAGUGCAUAACAUGGUUCAUGUCGAGCAGCAGCAACAACAAUCUGGCCAUAGAAGUCUUGGACGAACUCAAGUCCAUACAUCUGCACCACAUGAGCAAACACCUUUAAAGGAGGCACAACUUGAUGGCAAUGUAGUCAAAGAUUUGCCAAGUGAUCCUAUAUUGCACAACAUGAGAACUCGAAGGGUUCAAGCUGCCAGCAUGGGCAUAUCAGAAUCAAGACAAAAGCAAGUCUACCUUAUUUCACUGAUAAACAAAGGCAGAGUUGUGGCCAAAGGGAAGUUAGUGACUACAGAUAGCCAAAGAGAAAUAUUAGGAGCAAAGCUUGGACCAGAAUAUUGUGGGGUUCUUGUUGAAGGCCUUGAAAAUAUUGAACUUGGCAAUAUUAUAUAUGAGGAGGUACCUAGACCAUCUAAUCAGAUUCGUACACUAAUUGAUGCUAUUGGCUAUGUUAUUCCUUGGCCAAUUACACAUGUGAAACAAGCUAGAAGCUCAUCUUGUACCCGCAACAAGUUGGUACCUGCAGCACGUGGACAAAGCUAGAUGGCGUGGACAAAGCUAGAUGGGAAGCCUAGUAUAAUUGCAAAGUGAAUCAGUUAGAUUCUAGUAGUUACUAAAAUUUUUAAGUGAUAUUUGUAUGAUAUUGCCACUUUGGCUUUGCUUCUUUGUGAACACAAUUGGCAGUUACUGAACAUGUUUGCUAUCGAGUUAGUUAGCUUCUUGAUAUUUUGCCAAGGCCAAAAGCAAUAUUAUUGAGGGUUUAUAA